CACACCCGCCACCACACAAACGGCCCCGCCUCUUCAUUUCGGUUCGAAACUAGUACAAGUAGAGAGCUUUAGAGCAGAGCGGCGCAACCUCAGAAAUGGAAGCGCAGCCGUUCGUCCCCAUUCCCAUUUCUUCUUCACCCAACCACUUCCUCUCUCCUUCUUAGCCUCCCAUAUGCCUCUCUAAUUUUACUUCAACAAAAAAAAAAAAAAAAAAAAAAAAUUCGUUGCGGAAUCUGUGUGAGCCGUCAACCACUUUCCCACGCCUCCAUUCAUUCAACGCCAUCCAAGUCCAGAGUUUGCUUUUGAAUCUUAGCAUGAAUGUGGUGAAAGCAGCUCCACCGUCGUUUUGUGGCUUUAAACCGCGCGACGUUGAAUCUGGACCUCCGGCGACGGCGAAGUUGGGGUUCGUGAAGGUGAAUGAGAGCAAUGCGAUUAAGAGCUUGGGCUUGAGUUGCGGAGUUGAUGUAGGAUCCAGGGGUUUAAGGCCGAUUAAGGCCAUGGAGGACCAAACCGUCUCUGUGAAAACUGAUCGCUCUGCCAUUAAUGGUAAAAAUCUCCGCCAGAUGUCGACUGCGGGGAAUUCAACGAACAUCGUGUGGCAUAAAUGUGCGGUGGAGAAACUGGAUAGGCAGCGUUUACUUCAGCAGAAAGGCUGUGUCAUAUGGAUUACUGGUCUUAGUGGUUCAGGAAAAAGCACUGUGGCGUGUGCUUUGAGUCAAGGCUUGCACUUGAGAGGAAAGCUGACCUAUAUUCUUGAUGGUGACAACGUUCGGCAUGGUCUAAAUCGUGAUCUUGGUUUCAACGCAGAGGAUCGUGCAGAAAACAUACGAAGAAUUGCUGAGGUCGCUAAGCUGUUUGCGGAUGCUGGCAUCAUUUGUAUUGCUAGUUUAAUAUCUCCUUACCGAAAGGACCGAGAUGCCUGCCGUGCACUAUUUCCGGAAGGAGAUUUUAUUGAGGUGUUCAUGGACGUGCCACUCAACAUAUGUGAGAAUAGGGAUCCGAAGGGCCUCUACAAGCUUGCACGAGCUGGAAAAAUCAAAGGUUUUACUGGGGUUGAUGAUCCAUAUGAGCCACCACUAAACUGCGAGAUAGUGUUGCAGCAGAAGGGAAGGGACUGCGUCUCCCCAAGUAGUAUGGCUGAAACGGUGAUAUCUUACUUAGAGGAGAAAGGGUAUCUGCAGGCCUGAUAGCUGAGAAAAGCUUCCGCUUCCCGAGUGCCAGAGAUGCUCUUACUUGUAACGUAAUAUGCUGCAAAGCAUUAGUUUUUCCCAGCUUAAAAGAAAAAAGUAAUUGCAAAAUAGAAUUUCUCUCCUUUCCCGACUAGGAAAUUGCUCGUUUCCUGCCUGUUCUGGUUCCAGCAAUUUAGUUAAUCAAUCAAUUAAUGAAUAUAAUUCGGUCGAAAGCUACCUUCUGAAGUGUGGCUUUUGAUCCAAAAUGCAAUAAGUUAGUGGAACCUGGCAGAGGAGAGUUUUUGUUUUAUUUUUUAUUUUUUGUCAAAGUGGAAUAGGAGGUUCAUGUAUUGGUUGUGUCAAUUUGUAUGGAUAUACUUGUCACAUAAAAAUAUUUAUUGUAAAGUUGCUCA